AUGUAUAAAAGAAUCCUGCUACUUGGUGACUCUCAGACGCAGCGUGGUGCUGUACCACACGGCUGGGUGAACCUGCUUGCUAACCAGUACUGCAGACAACUAGACAUUACUAACAGAGGGUUAUCAGGGUAUAAUACCCGCUGGACUGUCGAGAGGUUGAGGGAUAUUGUACCUGCAGUGCCCGCUUAUCAUUACGAUCUGGCGGUUGUCUGGUUCGGAUGUAAUGACGCGGUGGUAAAGGGGGUUACUGCUCAACAUGUCCCACAGCAGGAAUAUUCCAGAAACUUGACCCAGAUAGUGUGGAAGCUGGUGGAAUGUGUUGGUAUUCAGCCUAACAAUCUGCUGGUGCUAACCCCACCCUGUGUCGACGAGGUGAUGCUGAAGGAAGCGUUUCCAGACUCUCGCACCAACGAGAUAAUGCGAGAAUACGCGGACCUCGCACUCAUUGUCGCACGAGAUAGGGGUUGUGAGAGUGCGGACCUGUUCUCUUUGUUCUCUAAACAUGCUCCCGAAGGAUUGUUUACUGAUGGUCUACAUUUGAGCAAGAGAGGACAUGAACUGGUAGCUGAGGUUGUGACCAGGUUUUUAUCUCAUAGAGUUGCAGAAACUCUCCCUAUACCUGAUUGGAAGGAUUGUAAUGAAUCUUGA